GCGAGGUUUCUCCUCAGCUCCACGCGCUACUACUAAACAUCAUCAAAGAGUGACAGAGAACAACAACGUAAGCCUGAUACCAACGAUUAACACGAGAUGAUCGCGACGUGAAAAAGACUGCGACCAGUAUGAAAGUGUCUACACGCGAGGCUUCUUCUCAGCUCACUACUAUUUCGAAGCUGGUUCACCGCAUCGUCUCGUUCCCAUUGUCGGCCACGUAACGGAGCGUUCGCGUAACGCGUGUCCGCUUAACACUGGCCGCCAAUCCGGCCCGCAGUCAUCCUGAAGCCAUCGGUUGGUACAGUGUCCGUGACACGUCCUAUAUCGGCCAGUGAUAUCUCGACCUGUCCUCGAUCGGGUCAGAGUGCGCAUUUACGGCUCCCCAACAAAGACCAGCCAGUCGUGUCGACAAACUGGAACGCGACGCGGCGAACCUCUGGCUCGGCAGCAAUCGGUCCUACGUGUAUCCGAGUUUCGUGAUAAUCAAAUCGUUAUUUCCCAUUUCCGCUAUCGUGAACGCAACGAGGGCGACAGAUGUGCCGAUAUCGAAAUCGGUUCAUCGAUAACAUCGGUCCACCAUAUUUUUCGCCGUCGAUCAACCUAUAACACGAGAUCGAGAGUCCACUAGGUCAGUGCUACUGAAUGGGACAGGUGGUUCGGAUCACGGCGUUUUCACAGUCAGGCAGGUAGGCUUCUCUAGCGUAAGGACGCAGGAUUUUCGCUUUCGACAAGAUGUGGUCGAUUUUGCUGACCUUGGCAGUGACCGGUAUUCUUGGAGAAGUGGUCAACGUCCAUGUGAACAAUAACACGCAAUCGGAACUAGGCUUCGAAGUCGAUUACGACAACAAUCAAUUUUUGCUCGAUGGGCAACCCUUCCGAUACGUGUCCGGCAGUUUUCAUUACUUCCGAUGUCCUAGACAAUAUUGGAGAAAUCGUCUGAGAAAAAUUAGGGCAGCCGGAUUAAACGCUGUUUCAACUUACGUAGAGUGGAGUCUUCAUCAACCGACUGUUGAUACAUGGGACUGGUCAGGUGACGCGGAUUUAGUGCAGUUCUUGAAAAUUGCUCAAGAAGAAGGAUUGUUCGUUCUUCUUAGGCCAGGACCUUAUAUUUGUGCCGAAAGAGAUUUCGGUGGAUUUCCAUAUUGGUUGUUGACACGAGUACCGGACAUAAAUCUACGUACAACUGACAAAAGAUAUAUGCUAUACGUGGAAACAUAUCUAACCGAAGUAUUUAAAAAGGUCAGUCCCUACCUGAGAGGAAAUGGAGGGCCCAUAAUAAUGGUUCAGGUGGAGAACGAGUACGGAAGUUACUCGUGCGACGUGGAAUAUAUGACUCAACUGCGAGACAUAAUGAAGAAACAUGUUGGAACUAAAGCUCUUCUAUAUACGACUGAUGGGUCGAUUGAAAAUAUGAUACGUUGUGGAUCUGUUCCAGGAGUUUACGCGACCGUCGAUUUUGGAACCAACACGAACGUGACGAAAAAUUUCGAGAUAAUGAGGAAAUAUCAACCACGGGGCCCGUUAGUAAAUUCUGAAUUUUAUCCAGGAUGGUUGACACACUGGCAAGAACCAUUUCAAAGAGUGAAAGCUGUAGCAGUUGCAGAAACACUGAAUGAAAUGCUGUCUCUAGGUGCCUCUGUGAACAUGUACAUGUUCUAUGGUGGUACAAAUUUUGGUUACACUGCUGGUGCUAAUGGUGGUGAGAACACGUACAGCCCACAAUUGACUUCCUAUGAUUACGACGCCCCAUUAACCGAGGCUGGUGAUCCAACACCGAAGUACUUUGACAUUAGAAAUGUAGUAUCCAAGUAUUUGCAACUGCCAAACAUGACCGUUCCCACAGUGUCUCCAAAGGGAAAUUAUGGUCCGGUUGUUUUGUCUCCUAUUCUGAAGCUACUCGAAGAGACUGGACGACAGUUAUUCGGAACAGCCGUCGUACAAACAUCAGAUCCAUUAACAUUCGAAGCUCUUGGACUGCCUCAUUGGCUGGUGCUAUAUGAAACUAACGUAGAACCUAAGCAGCAGUACCCUUCUGAUCCCGCCAUCUUACACGCGAUGGUUCGAGACAGAGGCUUAGUCUACGUGGACGAUUACCUCAUUGGAACUCUAAGUCGCAUCAAUAAUAUAUACGACUUAGUUGUGGAGCAGCCUUAUGAACAAAAACUAGGAAUACUGGUCGAAAAUCAAGGAAGAUUGAACUAUGGGUUUGGACUUCACGAUUUUAAGGGACUCUCAAACGUAUCUCUGAACAAUAUUCCCUUUGGUCUCUGGAGAAUGACUGGAUUCCGGCUGGACAGUGUCAAACCGCUUUUUUACGUCGAAUCCAACGUAUCUGCCAGUGGAACGCUUUACGACGGUCCAGUGAUCCUUCGAGGAGGGUUUACGAUCUCUGAUCAACCGAUGGACACCUACCUGAACACUGCUGGUUGGGGUAAAGGAGUUGCAUUCGUGAACGGGCGCAAUUUGGGCCGAUAUUGGCCAUUGGUGGGUCCUCAAAUUACUCUCUACGUACCAGCAGCUUUCUUAAGGACAGGUGAUAACGAGUUGGUGCUGAUCGAAUUGGAAUAUGUGCCGAACAGUAAGAGGAUGAGGUUACAGAACGAACCGAUCCUAAACCUGGAGCAAUAUUCCGUCAGAGAGGAAACCUCAAAUAAUAUACGCGUUUCGGUUUAGUGAUUGCUUGUGAAAGAAAUUGGCUUUCAGAGAGAUUCUGAUCUUCUUCCUUUUUAAGACGAUUACAAACUUUACGACGAUCAUCGUGCACUGUUGUUUAGUGAGAAAUUGAACGAGAAAAUAAAUUUUGUACUGUUCCAGUGUGACGUUUCAUUAAUAUAUAUAUUA